GCAUAAAGUGUAUCAGUGCGUUUAGAGAACUGGGCCAGUGCGAUACAUUCUAUAUUCAAAUUUGCGCGGCAAUUCCAUUCGUUUUAUUAUUUUUCACGUAAUUUGAAAAUUAUUGUGUUUUUUUGUGUUAUUUCUUUUGUAUUUGGAUAAAAGGUUAUUGCAGAUCUUCCAAAAUGGUGUAUUGCAAGGUGUUCCUCGUGACUCUGCUCGCUGCAGCAGCCACCAGCGAGCCGCCAGUCUCCGGGUACAACUACCAGCAACCGACCCGGCACAACAGCUACAAUUCUCCUACCAACAGUUAUUUACCGCCUACCACUGGUUUCACAGCCCCCAGCAACAACUACCUGCCUCCGACCUUCGGCUCUGGUGGCCAGAACUAUGACCACGGGCAUGGACAUCAUGGGCAUGACCAUGGUCAUGGACACGGCCACGACAGUGAAGUUCCCAAAUCCUAUGAGUUCGGCUACUCAGUGAAGGACGCGCAGUCAGGCAAUGACUACGAUCGCAAAGAGAGCUCCGAUGGUAACGUGGUGCGUGGGGAAUACAGAGUCCAUCUACCUGAUGGCAGGACGCAGAUUGUGACUUACCACGCUGACUGGCAGACAGGUUUCCACGCUGAUGUGAGGUACGAAGGUCAAGCCAAGUACCCCGAGCCUACUUACAACAAUAAGCAAGGAGGAUACAACUACAAUGCCCCAUCCCCAAGCGACUUCAGCGGUUCGUUAACCGGUUUCCAUGGCAACCAGGGUUACAAACCGACAACCGCUUACGGACCACCCGGUUACCAUUGAGUUAACUUUAACCGUUAACCCACUGGUUACUGCAACCAACGACUGUUGUUACGUACCUAUGUAAGGUUUAAGUUACCAUUUUUGUACAGUAUAAGAGUUAAAAAUAGUUAUUACCUAUGAUGUUUUAACCGACUUCAAAAAUGGAUUAUUGUAAUUUGGAACUUCUUUAUAAUUAACUUGUUUUGGUUAUAUUUUUGUUAAAGAAACUGAUGAUAAAUGUUUAACAAAACUGUUUUUGUAUGAAAUUUAUGCAAUAUUUAACUAAAUGAAACUAAUUUAAAUUGUAUUUAUAUGCAUAUUUUGUACCUAUGUAUGUAUGUACAUAAUAAACUCGUAAGUUUAUCUUAAAUUGAUCGCAAUUUCAAUUACAAUCCUAACAUGUCAACAAUUUUCAAAAUUGAUCUAGUAAUUGCGGAGACUAAUCAAUACAAACAUACCAACAGAUCUUUCCUCUUUAAAAUAAUGUAAUAUAAUAUAUAUUUAUGUAACAUUGACUACAAAUACUAUUUACUAAAACAAAAAAAAAACACUCAUAGUUUUAAGUAUUUUAUACCAAGAUUUUUUAAUAAAAACAUUUUAUUGAAA